CUGAUUAAAACCCAGAAUGGAUUUACAGCCUCGCCUAAACUGGAGCCAUCAGCCUUCAUUGCUUUUAUCCGCCUCUCAUCACCAGCGUCUCCUGAAGUCCUGGCUCCCACCUAUUGCCACCUUGCUCUUCCCUCCCCAGGGCCCGAUCGAAUCCAGAGCUGACAAAGGGCGGAUGGAAUGCUCGGCUGCCAAGCGUUCCAUCGCCAUAGCAACGUUUGUCCCAAACAUUCCAUUCGUCCCGCCCCUUUGUUGGUGCCCGCGGCUGCCUCUGCACCCGCAUUCGCCUGCAACCAUGCCCAAAAAGCAGAGGCGGCCAUGGCAGGCACUUUCUCCGCCUACCCCAUCGGCUGGGAGGUGGACUCCGAGGCGCUGGGAGCCCCCGAGGGACGCAGGCAAGACUGGAGACUGACCAGCAGCGGCGUGGGGCUCAACUAUAGCCCUCCUCUGCCUUUCCCACCGCCCUAUGCACGAUCUACAGUCCACGAGCCGCUGCCCCCCGCCUCUGAGAAAACAUGGCGAGACGAGGUCAUUCCCCGGCUGGCCACUACCACGCAACUCACCCAUGGCCCGAAGACCCAUGGGGGAGUGCUGAGUCAGCCCCGCUACUCUGUCGCUUACGCACACUGGAACGUCCUCUACAAUAAAGACUUGCGAGAGAAGCUGAAGCUGAGAGCAUGGAGGUUCCCACUGACCAUGGGCAACCAGAAGAGUGAGAUGAGGGACCACUACUCUGGCUGGCCCAAUCUGCCACACGAGCCCACCUUCCACGCCGGGCCUCAGCCAUUUGGCUUGGCUGCUCAUCACAGAGAUGGAGCGUCAAAGUCCAUCGUGGCCAGCACACGGAACGAAGAGCUGGCGGGCAAUCCCUUCUACGUCCGUGACAAGGCGGUUCUGCGGCUCAACGAACCCUAUAUGUCCAUCACCACCCAGGACUUCCGGCCCUUCACGCAGAAAGAACUACAAGGCUAUGCCCGGAAGGAUGCUCUCACGUACUGGCAGUGCGAGGGUUACCCAAAGGCCCGGGGCCAUGGCUUGAAGGAGAAUCCCCAGGCACGGGAUUCCUACCCUCUGAUCCGCGCACCCGGGCCAAUGCGGGACAUCAGCCAAUUUCCAAAGGCCACCCGGGUGCCCCGGCUGCCCCCAAACGUAACGGCUGUUCCCCACCGUGGUCUCCUCAGCCUGGCAAAAGAAUCUUACCAAAUUCCCAAUGACUACAAGCGCACCUGGGACCGCUUCUGCCCCGUGGAGCAGCCUCCCACCGUCUCCUGCCAAGUGCCCGUGGUGGAGAUCAUGUGCGUGCCGCGCAUGUACGAGACAGAGUACAAGUGCUAUGGAAGCGGCAAAGCCGUGCCAGUGUGAGAGGCCAGGAUUUGGGUCUACUCCUUUCUCCUACUCAAAAAAAAACCCACCCCAAACAAUAUAUCGCUUUUAUUUGCUUCUGUCUUGGUUUUGCUGAGGUGAGUUCAAGGCUUGACGUUUAGAGUCGCCUUCCCCAACCUAGUGCCCUCCAACUCCCCAUCAUCCUGGCUGUGGAUGAUGGGAUCUGUAGUCUGACAUUUCUAGAGGGCACUAGGCUGUAGAAGGCUCCUUUAGAGGUAUUAGAAAAAAGAGCCGUGCUUUGCAAAUUAUCUAUCCCAAAUUCAAAAUUAGCUAGUUUAAAAGCCUUCUGGUGUUUUGUGCUUUAAUUUUAAGAUUUGACUGGGGAAGCACGAAGGCUACAAUCUAGGGGUGCAGAGACAGCUUUCGGGUGGGAGACAUCUGGCUCUCUUGGGGUCCCCAGUGGCCAAGCUCCCUCUACCCGCACCAGCCCCCAAUCAUCUCAUCAUGUGCUGGCGUUUGUGCCUUUUCCCUCUCUCCAUUCUAAAAGGUUGAAAUGCCUCUCCUAAGUCUUAGUUGCUGGCAGUAAAGAGAUUUAAGCUAAAAUAUGCAGGAAUCCUUCAGCCCCACCCACACCUCAAACGCAGCCCCUGGGAGCUUUUCAAAUAGGGAAUUCAGCCCUCAGAUGGAAAGAGGUUCAGCAACAUCCCUGCUCUAACAAUUACACACUCACCUGGGCAUCAGGCCUGUUGAACCCAAUGGGACUUAACUUCUGGCUAAACACACAUAGGACUGGGAUUGCAUGGAUGGAUUCCACAAAGAGCAGUGCAUCGCACAAUGGAAGAUAAAAUACAUUACUCGUGUCAAAGAGAUGUUCCACAGGGGUCUUAAGGAGUGAAAAGAAAUGAAUUGGGUCCUGAACAUCUGCUUGCAAGGUGUUUUAAUCUCCCAUCUAUCUCCAUCUAUAUAUGGGAGGUGCUUGGAGCAUGGCAAUGAUGACCUGACUGAACACAGUAGACCGGGGUAGGUGACUCGUGGCCCUCCACCUGUUGUUGGAACGCAACUCCCAUCAGCCCUAGGCAGCAUUACUGUCGCUGAGGCAUAAUGGGAGUUGCAGUCCAGCGAAAGGGCCACACAAUGGCACCAACACCUGGUAGAUAGGGCUAGUGUGUCCAGAAAUGUGGGGAGGGAACCAAGACAAUUUGCCCGCUGGUCCCGACAAGGGCUCCCUUGGCUCAAUUUUCUGGGUGUAUCGGUGUCCCCUGCCUUGGUGCUGCUGUAUUGGUCACCAGAGGGGGGUUGCAGGAGCAGGGCCCCCAAUAUUAGGGUGACCAUCAAUAAA